AUGAACACUCAAUACAAGUAUACUUCCACCACUGUCAUUCAAGAAGGUACCAUUGACGAUGUGGCUAUGAUGGACGUUGACUCUUCAUCAAACACUACACCUGUUAAUGCCCAACUUGUACAACAACGUAAAGAAGAAACUUACUUUAAAGAUAUUAUUAUUGAACACGGCCUACCUAAAAUCCAAGCACUCUCCCAUGGUUAUGGUGAUCUUUGUGAUGAAGAACAACAAUUUGUAGUUAGAUCCUUCCAAUUAUUUUCCAAGUGUGCUCGUGUGAAGGUUAAUAGAUUACUCAAACUAGGUGGCAUUCAUAAGAGAAACUACAUUAGCUGUGGUUGUUUAGAAACUGAGGUUUUCCAAGUAAUAUUUGAAGCCAUGGAAGGUGCUAAAUUUUUCCAUUCAGACAGAACCAUCAAUAGACAUGGAAUUAAAUACAAGGUACCAUGUUUUGGGUAUAGAUUUCAAUCUAUUCUUCCAAUGUUAGACAUUUUUGAAAACUGGGGACGUCAAGUAAUUAGUUCAACCACACAAAUGGAAGAUGAUACAUACAUUAGAACACUAUAUUUAUUGGAAGUCAACAGUAUUUCUUUUAUUAUGGAUACGGAAUCAAAUGAAAUAACAAUGCAUUUCAGCUACGACACAAAGAUUAAAUACGAAGAUGAGGAUGAAUUUACAUUUUUCUAG